CGCAGGUAACCUGGUGACCCAUACCUUACUAGAAUGGGGAAACGGCUCAUGGUGGCUUUUGGCCUUUGGGCCAUAGGUGGCCCGCUUGGAUUACACCAUAUAUAUUUGGGUCGGGACAGCCAUGCCUUGCUUCUUAUGCUUACCUUGGGAGGUUUUGGAAUGGGAUGGAUGUGGGACUUCUGGAAGAUUCCAGGACUUGUAGCCCAAGUAAAUAAACAAAGUAAAAAAGCAAACAAAGUGAAGGAAGGAACACCACCAGCAAGCUCUAUUCGCUUCAUGGCACAGGUGACUACUGGCAUUUAUUUUGGUCUAGUAGCAGCUAUCGGACUAUCUUCCCUUACCAGUUACUAUAUGAUUGCUCUGCCGCUAGCUGUUGGAUUGGGAGUCCAUCUUGUGGCAAGUGUAGGUGAUCAAACGUCUAACCUGAAGAACACAAUGGUAGCCGCAUUCCUGACGUCACCAAUAUUUUAUGGCCGUGCGGUCUCCAUGAUCCCCAUCAGUCUCACGGCAGCCAUCACUUCUCAACAACACAGAAAAUAUCGACUACGAGAACAGAAUGAUGAAAAUCUCAGCCUGCGCCUAUACCGCAUAGGGCUAGCCUACUUGGCAUUUACUGGCCCACUGGCUUAUAGUGCUCUUGUAAAUACCAGCCGCACUGUUAGCUAUGUGGCUGGAUGCAUUGGGUCCUUGCUGGACUGGUUGAGCUUUUUUCCCAGCCUGAGUGCAAUAGUGGAAAGAAUUCUCUUACUACCGUACAGAGUCUGGGGGCUUUUUACAGGAGGAGGUUUCCAUGAUCAUUACUUUAAAGACUGGGAAAAGAUUUAUGAAUUUGUGGCCAGUUUCCAAAAUGAAAAGGAAGAAAUGGCCUGCAAGAUUCUAGGAGUGAAUUCUGAUGCCACCAUAGAAGAAAUAAAUCACCAUUAUCGGGACCUUGUAAAGGUGUGGCACCCUGACCACAACAGGCACCGACCUACAGAGGCUGAAAAGCAUUUUAUUGACAUACAAGCAGCUUAUGAGACUCUCUCUCAUAUUUGGAAGAGCUCUUCGCAGAGACUAUCCAGCAAAAUGGAAGAUCAGAGGGAUCACCGCACCAGGACCAGAUCGCUACGAGGUCAAGUGCUCGCUCUACAUGGACGACGUGACCGUCUUCUGCGCUGACCAGUGUUCGGUGACUGCACUUGUCCAGACCUGCGAGGACUUCGGCAGAGCUUCAGGGGCAAAAGUCAACUGCGGGAAGUCGAAAGCUAUGCUCUUCGGGGAAUGGCACCUGGC